AUGGAGGAAUCUCGAGCAUUUCUGGGAGAACUUCUGUCCUUGUGCAUCGAUAGGAUCCGCAUUGAGAGUGUGUUCAACGCAGAGAAUGACGAGUUUAUUGAAAUAGUGAAGAACUUUGAGGUCACCAGGAGAAAAUGGCUUCAGGCUGAACUAGAACUCAAAAAGUACAAGGAGCUCCUGGUGAAGUCAGACGUGGCCAAAGCUGCUCUGGAGGUUAAGCUUAAACAUGCUCGCAACCAGGUGGAUCUGGAGAUAAAGAAGAAAUUCAAGAUCGAGGAAGACUAUCAGUACUUGCAGCGGCAGAUGCAGCUGAUAUGUGAUAUUCUGGUCCAUGACAGCAAAUCGAGUGCAUGUCUGAAUGAGCAGCAGAAAUCUCUACUGGCCAAUUUCAACCACAAGGGAGCCAGCAUCAGUCAGCACAAGAGCAGCAAACACUUGUGUGUCAUUGAUGAGUCCUCAUUCCUGUCACACUCUGACAUCAGCUAUGACAGAACAGAUGAUGAUUUGGACCUGGACACAACUGGGCUAAGGCCACUGAGAUCUAGAGUCAGAGAGAAGAGGCGGUCAUCCAUGGGACCAACUGUUGGCGGUCCUGCUGGGAUGCGAGGAAGGGUGGGAAACUGCUCUGGAGACCUCCUGGAAAGGAAAACUUUGGAAAAGGAAGUUCAGACGAUCGGUAAGGCAUCUGUCACAACCCUAGAGACCGGAGGUCAAAUUCAUGUGGUGAUUGACAUAACCCAAGAAAUCCCAGCAAUGCCACCCAGCACGCUGCAGCAAGAUAACCUGGCUUUAAUUGGAGACCAAACCACAGUCUGGGAGUCCCGUAAUAAGAGUAUGGCGGAGCUUGAUGAGGUGGCAGAUGUUGAGACCAUGUCAGAGGUCAACAUUGGAGCGGUUUACGCUCCUGCUGAGCAGAAACCCCUCAACCAUGUUUUCCUGUCCAGAACGGUAAUCCGACCAGAAACAUGCGUGCCAUGUGGAAAAAGGAUCCGGUUCGGGAAGGUGGCGUUGAAGUGUCGGGACUGUCGUGUGGUUGCCCAUCCAGAGUGCAAACACAAGUGCCUUGCUGGCUGCAUGCUUUCUGCCACCUCGGCUGCUCAUGGAAGCAAGGACACUUUGGAGAGCUUUGCUCCAGUGACCAGCCCUCGAGUCCCCCUCUUAAUCGUCGAGUGUGUGAAUGAAAUCGAGAGAAGGGGGCUGGAGGAGAAAGGAAUUUACCGCGUUCCCGGGUGCGAGCGCCUUGUGAAGGAGCUGAGGGAGAAGUACAUCCAAGGGAGAGGAUCACUGAUGCUCAGCAAAGUGGCCGAGAUCCAUGUUGUCUGUGGCCUUCUCAAAGAUUUUCUGAGGAAGCUAAAGGAGCCUCUAGUUACCAUUCGGCUGCACAAAACCUUCAUGCAGGCCUCAGAGAUGCCUGAUGAAGAAAGCAGUGUGGCCAUCAUGCGCCAGGCUAUAUGGGACUUACCAAAGGCUAAUCGAGACACCUUGGCUUUUCUCAUGCUCCAUUUACAAAAGGUCAUGAAGAGUCCCCAUUGUCAAAUGGAUAAGAACAAUUUGGCCCGAGUGUUUGGACCUACAAUAGUUGGGCACGGGAUGGCAGACCCUUCUCCUGUGACCAUUUUGAGAGACACAAACCGUCAAUAUAAGGUCAUUAGCUACAUGUUGACCUUGCCUGAAGACUACUGGAUGCGCUUCCUGCAGCAGGGUCAAGGCUCGUCCUCAAAGUACAAUGCCAAAAACCAAAACGAUGGACAAGAGCGGCUGUUCAAGCCACUGACAUCCCCGGAACUGAAUGUGUAUUACAAGGCUCAAAACAGAGGCUCUCCGAGGAGCAAAAUAAGUUACCUGGGUGGAUCUCGCAGCAACAUGUAA